ACUUCAAGUAAAAUAUGUAAAUAUUUCCCCACAUCUGUUCAUUCCGUUCAUAUACAAAUAAUACAAUUAUACACUUAUUUCAAUUCCCUCUCAACUCUCAAAGCGAAUUUUCUUUGGCAUCUGUGCUAUAGACUAUAGUCAUUCUAUAGAUAUUAUCCCACAUUAUCUGCUCAUGCAUCCGGAGAUUUUUCAUAUACGAUUAGUAGCGCUAUACACCUAUUUCAAGACCCUCUCAAUUCUUAAAGCCGAAUCUUCCUUGACAUCAGUUCUAUAUAAUAGAUUAACCUUUUGUUCGAAUAAUCUUUCUUCAUAACAUACUCUGCACUUGACCACGUCAUAACAUUCCAAUAUAACUGGGAGCAACGCGUGCCAGCGUCUUCAAACAACUUCACUUCAAAUGUGGUGUAAAACAAGUAAACAACUACUACCUAUAUAAAAUGUAGGUUUCGACCUUUGGGCCUUCGUCAGAAGAGUCAGUAUGCUGAGUUACACUAUAAAUCAGUCAGUAUGAUUCUUGUUGUAUGACUCGUCACUCGUACGAACUCCCUGACGAAGGAUGACUCAUGCUGAUCCUCAGUAUGACGCGUGUUGUAUGACUCAUAGGUCGUGUUAUUUAGUUUAUUUCGCUGCAAUUGUGGUGAAGGUUUUUAGGUUAACAAAAGUUGCCUGUCUGCUUACGUACAUGGUAUAUCCGGUUUAAAGUUGCUUGUAUAAGCAAAAUAAAACACUAUAUAUUGCAAAAUUUUUAACGAAAGGCGACUGACAAAUUCGAUUUCCCGAAUUACGAAUUAUAGUAAAUCUCCAGACUAAUUCGAAAUUUAAAUUUUAAACAAUAAGUACAAGUUAAUAUUUCUAUAUUAACUGUGCCCAAAACCUAGCUAAAGAAGCCCAUGGUGAUGUCACUCUUCGAUGGUUACGUCACUCUUCUCUGUGACGUCACUCUUCGAACAUUGCUGCAGUCAGCACAUUCCUCUCACUCCGUUCAUAUAUAUAACCAUGCACGUUCAUAGCUAGAUCUCACGAAUAUAAUAUUCAUGCCAUUCUCAAUGUCAUAAUGCUUGGGCGAAGCUUCGCUCUUUCGAUAAUUCUUGGUAUUACUGUGCUACUGAGAUCGUCACACGGAGAGAAGGCCGAGGAUUGUGUCAAGGGAAAACAGUAUUGGAGUGAAUCCUUUUUAAAUCCAAAAGGAACGUGCGCGCCGUGUCCGCCACAUUGGAAAAGUUGUUAUAAUGAACCAAUCAAUGACCAAAAACGGUGUGUUGACUCGUGCCGUGUUUCGCCGGCAAAACCAACACCAAAGGCCGAACCUACGCCGCCUCCAACGACCUUAACUCCCACCCCAGACCGUGAUAAAACUUCCCUUGUGACAGUGGUGUACCCGACAUUGGCAAACCCGAAUAAGGCAGAGAUAAAUGAAAAUACCAAACCCAGUCACGGGGGUGAAGAAAAAGGGCCAGAAACUGUAAUUGCGAUUUCCGCUUUUACAAUCGCAUUUCUGGCGCUGAUGACUGUGUUGGUGCUGCUGGUUCGUCGUAAUCGAAGUACGCUGGCUCAGAGACAGGACCCAGAGGAGGCCGUAGGACUAUCAGAUUUGAAGUCGAGUAAUCGAGAUGAAGUUGAGACUUCACAAGAAGAUCAUGGAGAGGAUAUUUUAAAUCGCAAUGGUGCUAUUGAAGAAGAUGGAACUUUUCAGAUUGAUGCUCUACCAGUUCAAGCCACCUCUUCUAACUCGGCUCUUUGGUUUGAUGGAAUGCAAGACACCGAAAACGACAAAGGGACAUCAUCUCUGACUCUGAGCCUCCUUAAGGAGAGCCAUGUUUAACGACGAAUGAAGACCAGUGAUCAAGACACGUUUGCAUUUGUCAAACGGAGAAACUGUAUGAUCGCACUGAAAAUCCAUCGCAUCAAAAAUCACCUUUCGCAUACAUCGCGUGCAUGCAAUGCUGCUGAUACAUGUUUGCGAAAGUUUGGUUUCAUAUUUCCUAAACCGGUGUAAUUAUAGUUUUAUGCAAAAUCUGAAAACUCGGUUUGAACAAAAUUUGACCAAAAUACAAAAUAUGCUUUCAUAUGCCCUUUUCAUGCGAAAUAGCUUUUCGAGGCGAUUGGGCCGAAGUCGAUGAAUGAAUUCGGUCACAACAUAAAUCAUAUUUCAUAUGUGGUUUUAUCUAUAUAGAGUAUUUAGAGUAUCAGAGUAUUUUUCUAUAUUUGUGGUAAUUAUUUAUGUAUCUUAUUUGUGUUUUUAGUAAUUAUAGUUCACUCAGAAUCAAGUCACAUAUAUAUGUAACUUACACAAAUAAGAUAUGAUUGUAUUUAUUUACUUAUUGAUAUUAUUGCUUUAGGUAGUUAGAAGAAUUUAAAUGUUAUAAAAAACUAACUUUUCGUAAUAUAUAAGAGCUUCUAGCAUCAAAUGGUUUAUAAAAAU